GAUCGAACCCCGAUAGAGAAUCGUUAACUCGUCCACCAUCAUGAUUGUCUGAUCGAUCCCUAAAUACCCCUAUGAUUCACCUCUGCAGUUCGGCUUGUUCCUGACAAGCAACGAGCAAUGACGAUUUCCUCCUCGCCUUACAUCCCCUCAUCUUUUGAUCCCGCACUACAUUUGCAUUCAGAGAACCUGCUGCCGGAAGUUUUCCAUCCCGUUAGUUCGCACUCGGAUGAAUUCGAAGCCAUAGAACAAGUGCGAGCGGAAGACAUAGCGAGGAAAACCGCAAGCGGCAUAGUCAUCCAACAUCGAGCGUGGAAGACUUGUGACGCGUUCCGAAGCGACGAGGAUCGUCCAAUACGCUCCCCUUUACGAGACGUGUACGAUCCGACUCAAUUGACCUCCAUCCUGAUCGAGGACACCGACGAGUCUCAGAAUACAUACAGGACAGUUCUCCCGUCUAGUCCCCCAGGGGUCAACCGCACAACGAUGUCCUCACCAGUACUGUACCCGAGGAGCCCAACACCAACCCAACAAGAUAUGUAUUCCCCGCGGAAACGAAGGAGGUUGGAAGGCUCUACUUCCAUCUUGACCGAAUCUCCAAGCAAAGGCAACCGGCUCCCGGACGAAAUCUCCGAAUCGCGCGGUCCCUUUCUCUUUUCCGACGACAGUGACACGGAAGACGGGACGUUCGAAGUUAAGUCUCCAGCAACGGGGAACCAAGAAAAUUUCGUACCAAUUCCCCUGGCCAGCGCUGGGAAACCCCUGGCCGCACAUCAUUGUUCCCCAAGGUUUAAUCCUGUCGAGUUCAAUGAUGUCACCAAAUUUGAUAGCCUAGCCUCGAAUACCGUCUCAAACCCGUCUUCUUUCACAAUCCGAACAUCCGCCGGACAGACUAUUUACUUGCCCCCUCGCCGUAUAUCACCGACUGUAUCCUACCAAACUGAGGUCGCUUUGAGGAGUACCACCGCUCCUGGUCACGCUAAUAAGUCAUAUUACGGCAUUGAAAUCCAUCACUUGCUUGAUGAGCUGGCAGCGGAGUCGACUUCCACCCCGUCGAAAGAUUCCAUCGACUCUUCAACCACUCCAUCUGAAUUACUGUCUUCCUCUCGACCCGGUCAAAAGGUUCAGCUCUGGACGGAGAAGUACCGCGCCAAAUCGUUUACCUCCCUCCUUGGUGACGAGCGUACCCACCGUCGCGUCCUACAUUGGCUCAAGUCAUGGGACCCCCUUGUGUUUUCCUCCUCGAAACGGAGCUCGAAACAAUCGAGCCUGCGUACCAAAGAGCCAGCGGACCUCACCCGCAAAAUCCUGCUUCUCACUGGGCCGCCUGGACUGGGAAAGACCACUCUUGCACACGUGUGUGGCAGGCAUGCCGGCUAUGAAGUUCAAGAAAUCAAUGCAAGUGAUGAGCGCUCGGCGAACGUUGUCAAAACGCGCAUCAAGGAUAUGCUUGGAACCGAGAAUGUUCGCACUGCAACCUUUAGCGGGCAGGAACAGGGUCGAAAUGGCCAAAUGAAACCCGCUGCGGGUAAACCGGUCUGUAUCGUUGUGGAUGAAGUGGAUGGGGCGGCCGCCUCGUCCGGCGCGGGUGGUGAGUCCGGGUUUAUCAAAGCGAUCCUAGACUUGGUCGCGUUAGACCAGCGGAAUACUUUGCAACCCUUUUCAGACGCGCCUGCGAAAAAAGCCAAGUCACGAUUCCGGAUGCGCCGCCCCCUCAUCCUCAUUUGCAAUGAUCUUUAUGCGACCAGCCUUCGGCUGCUCCGACAAAGCCCAGCGGUCGAGAUCAUCCAUGUACGACCUCCGCCUAUAAGCGCGGUUGCUACAAGGUUAGACACCGUCUUCAGAAAGGAAGGCAUUGCCGCAGACUCGGAUGCGAUCCGACGCAUUUGUGAAACGAUAUGGAGCACCGAGUCGAAAAAGUCCGCCCGUUUCAAUCCGGCAAAUGGGGACGGUGACGUUCGAAGCAUCAUGGUUGCCGCCGAAUGGAUUGCCCGUCGAUGGAUGGCGGAGUGCACCCGCCCAGGCCUGGCUCUCAAUCGCUUAACGAAGCCCUGGGUGGAGGACGCGGUGGUGGCGGAUUUCGCAGCAGGAGGAAAGGGUGCGCGGGCAAUCGGCCGAACCAGCGCGAGAGACGUGGUGAACAAGAUAUUCACCGAACAUGCGGGCUUAUCCACGAUGGAGAUCAACCACCUCCAAGGAAAAAUCCAACCAAGCGCUAGCGACCGAAAAGGGGCCUCGGGCGUAUCUGAAGGUGUAAAGAGAGGUGCUUUUGAGAAGCUACGACACGUAGUCGAGGCUUGUGGUGAGGUUGAUCGCGUUGUCUCAGACACAUUUGCCGCAUAUCCAGAGCACCCCUACCAGGACGAUACCAUCUUCUCAAAGCCAACCCUGGCGCAUGAAUACCUCCACUUCCACGACCAAAUAUCCUCUCGCGUCCAUGCGUCCCACGAAUGGGAGCUGGGUUCCUACCUUUCACUCGCCCCACUUGCUUUACACAAUCUAUUCGCCGUGCCUGCCGCAGUAGCCAGUCGGAAUGAGGCACCGCUAAAUCAUGCUCCACGUGGAUUGAACGGCACCAAGGAUCCAAGUGCUCAACCAGGUCGGUUUCCAGGAGAUCAUGCCGAGAAAGAAUAUGCCGCAUUAUUGUCUCAUAUGGAGUCCAUCUUGCCUCAUCCCACGUCGAGCACAUUCCGAAACAAUAACCUCAUCGUGCUCGAACUCGUACCGUAUCUGCUUCGAAUCCUGUCGCCCGGAAUCAAAGUCGUCGGCGUCGGGGGUACCAAAGGCGCAACCGCGAGCUUUGCAUGCGUUCGCAAAGCAAGCGAGAAAGCCAUGCUCGCUCUCUCCGUGAAUGCGGCCCUGGCCACCGGGAUCACAUUCGAGCGUGUCCGUAUCGAGAACACCUCGGCGGCCGAGCAGGACCCAGACGAAAAAGGCGAGCAGCUCGACCAGCCGACCAAGUCCAUGGCCCAGGCGCAGGCCAAUAUGGGUUGGGUCUACCGGUUGCAACCUGCCAUCGAUACGCUGUCGAAUUUUGACAGCCUCGCCUACGACGGCGAGAGAGUUUCCUUUGCAGUGAGGAGGCUCCUCGAAGAAGAACGACGGCGAGAAGAGAGCAGCAGACUCCUGGCGAUGAGAAAGGAGCGAAUGGGCCCCGAUAACCCCGAAGAUGCGCAACCGUCUGCGGGUUUGAAAGCCAUGCUGGCUAGUAUCCCCACCGCCGCCGUUGAAGUGAGCAAUGCUCCGCUGAAAGAUUUCUUCGGACGGGUCAUCGCACAGCCCAGCGUCUCUGAACCGAACAGGGCCGCUGGAGGUUCAGCAAAUGGGACAACAAACCUCCCCAACACCCCUGGCGACUUGGGGAUGACGGACGGAUUUGAUGUAACGGAUGAAGACGAUGUAUGGCUUAAUUAUCAUGAAGGAUUCUCCAGAGCGGUCAAGAAAGCGGUGACCUUGGACGAGUUCCUCGAGGCCUUUACAUCUUAGUAUAGUUUAACAGCUGCUGUACGGUUCCAAUCAAUAUUAUAGUAC